UGUAGGGAUCAAUGUCACCACGGGUGAGUUGGAAAUAUCUUCAUUCAUGACUUGAAUUUCUGACGAGUGUGUGGGUAGUUGCGAUCGCAUACAUGAUGCAGAGGGCACUGUAUGUUUUCCCAAUCAUCGGAGGCCGGAAAGUAGAACACCUUCAAGCGAACUUAGCGGCGCUGGACAUUUCGUUGUUGAAGGAUCAGAUGAAAUACCUGGAAAGCAUCAUGCCUUUCGAUUCUGGGUACAACAAUGAUUGUGAGCUUUGGUUUACCCAAUUCUUUUUGGUGUUUUGAUCCGAUGAGCAAUGUAGGGCGACGGGACCAGCCAUAAUAUAUUCCUUGCCUGACUGCGAAGAUGGCAAAGCAGCCCGCUUUGCAGCCUAUCAUGGUCUGACUGAAUGUAACUUCAAUUCUAACGAGUUACAGGUAUCUUGCAGCUAAACGAAUCGAUUGUAUCUAGUUUUUUAAUUAAAAAAAUACAUAGGACUCGGACCUGCCACGCGGAUGCGCUGGCCCUCUUCAACUAGUUAA